AUGAAGAGUGCCGGCCUCUGCAUUUUAGCGUCGGUACUCCCCAAGCCUUCGGUCAUUAUUGUUUCCCCCGGUUUGUGGUCAACGGUAUUGUCUCAGAGCCAUGGCAAUACGUCAGUUGCUGGAGAUACCGUAGGGUUCAAGUCCUCGGGGCGGAUUGGGCUUGAUAUCUAUCACCCCGGUCCCGGUCUCGCCUAUCUCUCAAAGGCUCCCACCGGGAUGGGUGUCAGGGACUACGACGGAAGCGGCGAUUGGUUCAAAAUCGCGGAGAUAGGGCUCAACGUCACGUACAGUGCCUUGCCCGGAAACGAAGGUAAAAUAUCAUGGGACCUGAGGGGGCGAUACGAGUUUAUGAUCCGGAUUCCGGAGAGGACACCGCCCGGCGUGGCUGCAAAUGUCAUCGCGGUGGUCGAUUUGACAGCAAAGGUCUCCACGCUUCUCAUUCAAUAUGGGAUAAAGGUUCAACACGCCAAAGAUGACAUCGCCCAACUUCAAUCCCAAAUCUCGUGCAUGGAUGGUGCCUUGAAAAGGAUCCAAAAUCUAACCCAAACGAACGAUGUGAGACUUGAAGCAACCCAGGAGAUGCUCAGUGCACUCGGCAACAGCGAAGAUCUGCUCGCAGAACUCAAGAAGAAACUGAAGUUUAGCACGAAGAAGAAGCUGAUGCGGCGACUGGGUUUUCGAGCCUUGAAGUGGCCGGCUGCUCUCCUAGAACUAGAUCAGAGAGAUGCCCUGAAUAGCCUCCCAACCGCCGAUGGCGCCGCUUUCGACUCCCAUGAUGAAGAGCACAACGCAACUUGGAAGUCCACCAUCACGCGUACUGUCGCCCGAGCUUUCGACGAGGCUGGAAUUUUAGGCGCCAGCUUUUUCUUCAAAGCUGGAGAAGCAGAGCGGAGUAACGUUGCCAAGUUCUACACAACCAUUGCCUUCCAGCUUGCCUCGAGACAUGGGGCCGUCACACCACACAUCUUGAAAGCCCUCAACGCUAACCCCGGCGUAAGUGGGAAGGCUAUGAAGGAGCAGUUUGAGAACUUAAUUCUCAUGCCUCUCGUGGAGAGUCGACUUCGAAACCUUGUAAUUGUGGUUGACGCACUCGAUGAGUGUGAAUCAGACAAGGAUGUGAAGACCCUCAUUGGGUUGUUCAGCGACGCCAAAACCUCGAAUUUAGGUUUGAAGGUCUUCCUUGCUAGUCGACCGGACCUACCUAUUCGCCUCGGGUUCAAGUCGAUCGAGGGAAAGUAUAACGACCUCGUACUUCACGAGAUAGCCGAAGACAUCGUCGAAGACGAUAUUUCCACCUUCUUGAGGCACGAGCUGGCCGAAACCCGAAGAAUAUACGCUGACGCUGACCUAACUGAGGGCUGGCCUGGCGAGCCGGUAAUCCGGUAUCUAUCCAAGAAAGCCAAGCCGCUCUUCAUCUUUGCCGCAACCAUGUGUCGUUUUAUAAACGAUGAGAACAUUUGUGACCCCGAAGAACAACUCCGAAGAAUCCUACAGGAACAGAUUGGCAAACGCAAAGGCCUCUGGGUUCACCAGACCCCCACUUACUGA